GCAUAGAUUUCCAUCUAUGAUGGCGGUUUGGAGUUUUUAGAGCUCUCCGGGUUUGGGUUUGCUCAUUUAGCAUCGGGUUUUUUCUUUUUCAUGACAUCAUGAUAGGCGGAAAAGUUUCUGCACAUGGCUACUUGUAGUCUAAUGAGCGCGCAUCUACGAUGCGAAAUUCAAGAUUUCAAAAGUUCAUAUUGGUUUUGCUGUACAUCACAUGUGAAGUGCGUUGUGAUUGGUUCUGGUAUGCUAAUCAGACUUGUGCGAGCUGUAGUUAUUGUUAUAGUGUAUAUAGCUUCAUGAGCUACGCAUCUGACCAGGAGUGCGGCCUUUAUACCUACUUAAGUGACCUGUGGGGAGCGAUUGAAAGGCAUUACAAUCACACCUGCAUUCUCCUAUCAAGUAGAGUAAUAUUCAAAUUCGGAGUGCCUCAUACUCUUCUGGUUCUACAAACCGCCGCUUAUUGUAGAGAUACAAAUAACAAUAUCUAUCCCUGUAGCCGUAGCACAAAUACGUGUAGAGUAGACGGCGUGAAGUUAAACUAAUAAAGUACUCGGGGUAUCUUAGCAUGAUGCAACGCUAUCCAGAUAUU